CCUUGAGUGGGCUCACAUUCAUGACAACGGCGAUCAUCUCCACCGUCUGGGCUUACCGAAGCUAUGUACCUCCCCCAGAGCUGUCCCCAGCAGAGCCGCCUUCGUUACUCCCAUAUUUCGCAUCCCUAUGCCUCACCAUUUCGCUCGGCUUCUGGGUCGGAUAUUUAUUGUUCAUCCUAUAUGAUGGAGCCGGCGGGCCAAGAAUGCAACGAAAAGUCGUCAUCGGGGCAUCCACCGUGGGGAAGUUGGUUCUAGCGGGGGCUCAUAUAGGGGUUUGGCUGGGGUACAAAUAUCUGCUCACCGGCUCGAAGCAGCCCAGCUGGGCACUAAUGUUUCUAGCAACACAGGCUUGGUGGGAUGUUCUGCUGUUGGUGGUUUAUUCAUGUCUCAGAGCCCCGGUGGAACCACGUGUACGAUGGUGAGGUGGAUGUCGCUGUUUCAUCGUCCUGGCUGCUAUUAAGAAUGUUUCCUGAUUUCUCCUUCAACGGCGAGUAUGUUAAACCAUUUUCAGGCGGUCGUAGUUCAAUGGUGCGUUCUCCCCAGACAGUGAAUGGUUAUGACACAGGUUGUUCGGCUGCAGGACCCUCUAGAAUACACGAUAACCUUUCCAUGCUAGCUUGAUAUUGAGUAAUUACGGAU